AUGAAGGACAAAAGAUGUUUCAGUACCUCAGUGCUUUUGAAACUCAAGUUCAAGCAGCUAGAAAACUUGAAAAAACUCGAUACGCAAAAAACAAGAUAUGAAGCAGUAGCAGCAGCAGCAUCAACAACACCGUGUAAAGGAUUCAUUAUCAGCAAACUGGCAGCAUCUAACGACAACGAUGACACUGAUAUGGAUACUAGUACCGAUCCAUGUUUUGUGACUCCCGUUCUGGUCGUCCAUUCCUGUCUUGCAUACGCAGCAGUAGCAUGUUGA